UUGACGGCUCGACGCCUCUCCUCUUGCCUGCUUCCUCCGUCUACCGGCCUCGAAUCCCCUCCAGCCACCGACUGCACGACUCUUCCACCGGAGCAAAGCGCGCCGCCUGGAAAGAAUCGUUCUUGCAAAGUUGGAGCCGUCGCCGUCCUCCCCUCUGCUGGACCGGCUUCGAGUGGAGAUCCCAUCGGGACUCGAAUUGAUUUCCUUUUUUGCUGCAUUCCAAUACGCGAGAGAGCAAUGUCAGAAGUCAUCACAAAGUUUGCUGUCACAUCUACGGUGAUGUGGAUGGCCCCGGUUGCGAUCGUGUAUGGGUUUUACUACCAGAUGAUUCCAGGUGCGAGUCAGCUGUCGUCCUCGACGCAGACCCUGGUUAGUGGAUUCCUCGCUGUCAUAUCUGUUAAUCUGGUGAUCGGCUUUUACAUAUGCAUGGCGAUGAAGGAGACUCCCCACCAGGAGCCACAGCCAGAUCCAACCAGUUAG